GCAGCCAAACUGGCCAAUUAUGCAAAGUAUCAGAACUUGUGUGACUUCCUCUUCAUUGUGUUUGGGGCAGUUUUCAUGAUCACACGGCUGGUUAUAUUUCCUAUAUGGGUUUUGAACUCCACCAUGUUUGAGAGCUGGGCCAUAGUUGGGCCGUUUCCAUCCUGGUGGGUCUUCAACAUCUUGCUGCUUGUUCUCCAAGUGCUACAUAUCUUCUGGUCUUACCUCAUAUUCCGAAUAGCUUUAAAAGCCAUAAAGCGAGGGAAGACGCAGUUCAUUUCCUCCCCCUCCAGAAUGAGAGAGGGAGACCCUGUCUUUCUAUCUUUGUCCAGUGAGUCCUCCUCCUCCUCCGCUGCUUUCUUACUUCUCUGCGUCUGCUCUGUGUCGCUCGACGACUUUGCCUCUUCUCUGUGCUUGGCUGUUUGUAACGAUGUCCGUAGCGACAUAGAGAGCAGCUCAGAAGAAGAGUCCGAGAAGGCCACAGACGGCCCCAAGACUUUCCUUCAUAAGCCCAAGGGAGAAAACGGCACGAACGGCCACUGUGCUGCAGCCAAACUCCGAACACAGAACCACAGCAGCUGGUGACACGGAGCCCCCUGCAGUUCAUCUCCUUACAGCCACUCCAAGCGCUUCGUUUGUCCAAGAACGUUCCUCUGACCUGCGAGGCGUUCUCACAUAUUACACUGACGGCGUGCGCUCACACAUUCGUGUGUUUGGGAACUAAAUAUGGACGUGCAAUGACAUUGUAAAAGCUGACGUGACAUGAAAAUCAGUUCAAGGAUGUGAUUUGCCUACAUUGCCUCGUUCCAAAAUCUUGGGAUUUUAUCUUGCGCCGAGUUUGACUGCAGACAUUGGUUUCAAUGUUCUCGUCCAAUUUUAUUGAUCAGGUGAACUUGACUACGUUUGCCUUAAAGGCUUUAUUCACAGUGGAUUGCACAGAGCUGACAUACCACAGCUGAUAACACGUGCUAAAAUUAAAAGAAAAAAAAAAGGUUUUAUCUGUGAAUUUUAUCAGCUAUUAUGGGGCACAGGAGCACUGCUCUCCAGGUGACAAUAAGCAGCCCUUUGCAAUUCAUUGUGAUUUUACUCUGAUAACUUUAUUUGGCUACAUUGUGACUUGUUUUACUGUUUUUACUCCUCCUUUAAAGACCAAAAAUAUAUGAAAAUGUUUGUCACUGCCUGUAGAAGAAUCAAGGUUUGAGGACCACCAGAAAAGUCUCUUGUCACUUGAGUGCUUUGUAUAAAUGUCUUUUCAAACA